AUGCCAGAAUUACCAGAAGUCGAAACAGUUCUGCAAGCCCUCCGUGGUAGUGGAAUAAUUGGUUCUCCUCUUUCCCAAGUAGAGAUAAGAAAAAAAUUUCAUAUCAAAGAGAGUAUCACAACACAACGCCAAAAAGGUCAAGUAGAAAAUCAAAAUGAAUAUAGUUUACUAAGAACAUCAAAAGAACACUCGCAGGCUCGAAGGAGUAAGGGAAUAGAGGAAAAACCCCUCCCAUCGCUUAGGCUACCUGAACUUGAUUUACAAUUUUUUGGUGACAAAUCGGAAGAAGAAAACAAGCAAAGGAAAACCACACCACUACAAGAAAUAGUAAACAACUCUUUAAACAAUCUUUUAUCAGGAAUUCGUUCCGGCGUCGAUGUAGAAUUUCUUGAAAGCGAAUCAACCAAACAAGCCCUUUUAAAUGCCAAUAACCCCAACAUUAAUGAGGAAACACUCAAAUUCUUCUACAAUUUAAGGGAAAAUGUUCGGAAAAUCAACAAUACCAUUGGAGAUUCGGAAAACAAAAACCUUCUCCAAGAACAACAAAUAGAAGAACUAAACAAUAAUCUCCUAGAAAAAGAAAACCUAGUCGAAGAACUUCGAAAGAAAAUUGACGGAAUUGAAACUAAAUUGCGUGAGAAAGAAAGAUCAAUUGCAGACAAAGAGCAAAGAUUAAACGAAUUCAACUCAAAAAUAAACAGAUUAGAAACGGAAAGGCAGGAGAAUUUCGAAGCAAGCAAGAAGUUAGAAAAUCAGAUAAGAGGUUUAGAAAAUGAGAACCAACAACUAAAGCAAAAAGAAACUAAUGAUAAUGCUUUUUUUAAAGAAGUUAGUAACCAAGCCCUUAGCAAGAUUGACAAUCUACAAGAACAAUUAGCGGAAGAAAAAUUAAAAGGGGAGCAAUCAGAGGAAAAAAACGUCGAGUUAUACAAACAAAACACCGCAUUAAUUCGUCAAACCAGCAGUCUAAUAGAAGAGAAGAAAACACUGGCGGCGGAAAAUAAAAAACUAACUGACAAGGUUCAAGAACAAGGGCAAACGUUAGUAGAUUUUAUUGAACGAGCCAAGAAAGAGUUCGAACAGGCUAAAAAUGAUUACGAAAUUGAGUUAGAAAAUAAAUUAGAAGAGCAAAGACAAAGUUAUGAAGAGGAAAUACAAGACCUGAAUAGGGUAAAAGAAGAAUUGUCAGAGGUAAACAGUCAGUUUGCCCAAAGUCCAGAAUUUUUUGAGUGGCAAUCAAACCAAACCAGCCAGGCAACUAACAGAGAAGGAAAGCCAAGGAGAAAAAGUUUCAGUUUGCUUGAUGAACUUAAACUACAAAACAAUAGCGAACGAAUUGGAGAGUUGGAAUUGAAGAUUGAAAAACUGAAUGAGAUCAUUAAAAAUAAAGAAGGAGAAUUGGAUAGCCAGCAGAAAACAAUUGAAGAGCAAACUUCCAAAAUCAAAGAAUUGGAUGAUGAAAACCAAAAAUUAGUCAAUCAAGGCAAUGACCUAGCCAAGAAGGCUGAGGAGUUAGAAGAACAAUUGAGAAAUAAGGAAAUUGAGGAUGACCUUAACCAAAUGAUAGAUGAAAACCGAGCCGACCAGGCGGAGGUUAUCAAUAACCAUGCAGAUAAAAUUAAAGAAGCUGAGGAACAAAACGACGAUGCUCCUAUUUCCAACCCCCCAACUCUUACUGUCGACCAAAGAACUGAAGACAUUGCAGCACGGCAGGAAGUAGUUGAGAAUGAAUUUAUUAGAAACCUGCUUAAUAGCGAAGAAAGUGUAAAACUCUGGGGCCAAUACAGAGAAGAAGUAAUUAGCAAUAUUAACCGAUUAAAAAAAGAAUUGGAGAAAAUUGCUAAUGACAACACAAACCAAAAUCCCGAAAUUGACGAGGAGAUAGUUGAGGAGGAAAAUAGCCAAUCGGAAGUGGCCGAAGGAACUUCUCCUGAGGAAGUGAAAAAAAUUUCUUCGGCGGUUUCUGUAGAAGAAAUGGAAAGAAUAUCAAAGGAGGCUCGAGAAAAAUUUCAACAAGAAAUAGAAGAUUUACAAAAAAAGUUGGCAGAAAAGGACGAAGAACUAAAACGAAGAAGAAAACAAAAAACCAGCCAACCAUCCCAACAAAACGAGGAAAAAGGAAAUGACGAGGAAGACCAGUUAGAAAAAUUAAUUAAAAACGCCGAAAAAGCAGCGUUGGAAGGAACAAGAAGUUUAACAAGCACUCCUGUUGAUGAAUUAAGUGAGUUUAAAUUCCCUUCCGUUUCUAAUGAAAAAGGAAAUGGUCAUUGUUGUCCGAGAUGUGGGGCAAAUUCCAACCCAGAAACCACCUCAGAAAAAUCAACAAGCAGCCAUUCAAGAAGCAACAGCAACCGCAGUCGAAGCAGUUCUUUCCGGCGCAGUGGAAGUUUUGAUAUUGGUGAAAAUCUUCAAAAAAUGGCCCAACUCAGGGAUCAAUUAAAAGCAAAAGAUAAUGAAAUAGUAAGUCUAAAUGCCAAAUACGCAACAUUAGAAGGAGAAAAAAUCCGUCUAGAAGAAGAGUUAGACAGAAUAAAUGAUAAUCGUUCGAUAAGAGCUCAUCACAGCCGCGAAACUAGCGAUGACACUGACAUUUCUGGAACGCUUGAACCUAACGACUUUAAUUCUGAUGAUAAGGAUAGAAAGAUAGUUGAUUUGCAGAGUGAACUGGAAGAAACAAAAAGAAAAUUAGAACUUUUUGAAAGUAGUUCAGAGAAACAUAAUUGCUUGAAUGGAUGCUGUCUCAACGGCGACUAUGAAAACAUAAAGAGGAAAAAUGCUGACUUACAAAACCAAAAUAUUAGUUUACAAGCAAUAAUAAACGAACAAACUCCAACAGAUUCGAUAAAGAAAGAAAAAGGAACUAUCUUUCCUGACAGUUUACAAGGAGUUAAUUACGAUUACGUGAAGCCAACAGUUAAAGAAUUAUUGCAACAAAUUCACCAGAAUAACGAGGUUGAUUUAGAGGAGUAUUUAGUGAAAAAGCACGAUAUCAAGCAAGGUAACGGUCAUGAUUGUGGUGUAGCAAGAGUAGAGGAAGUGUUAGGAAUUGGGAGCAACGAUGAGAAGCAGGAGCCGUCAACUUCACCCCAAAAACCAAGCAAUACUAAUGAAGAAAUAGAAAAGUUAAAAAAAGAACUUACUGAGGCCCGCGGAGAAAAAACAGAUUUAGAACUUCAAUUGGCAAAAAUUUUAGGGAACAAAGUGAAUGAUGAUGAAGGAGAGGACAGUGUGAGUAUUGCCUUAAACGAAGAAAUCGAAGCAAGACAAAAGGCUGAAGAUAAGGUGGAAACUCUUGAGUCCGAAAUCGCUCGGUUGAAAGAAAACUUAGCCAAAGCCCAAAAAUCUCAACAAACCGCCCCAAAAACUCAAAAUUGGCCUAGAAAAAAUAAUGCUAAACCCACAAAGUCUCCGGAUGAUUUGCAACAACAAUUAGCCAAUAAAAACCAACAAUUAACUGAAGCGAAAAACAAAGCAAAACAAUUAGAAAAACAAACACAACUAACAAGAAAAGAUGCUGAAUUAGAAAAACUAAAAAGGAAUCUUGAUGCUGAGAAAGAAAAAAAUAAAAAUUCAGCAGCCAACCCUCCAAAAAUUAGAACUAACCAGCCAGUUAAAAAAGGUCAAAACAGUCGCACAACCAAGCCAGCCGGUUCACCGGGCCAGAAGAAAAGUCCAGCCCAACAAAUUGAGGAAUUAAAUAACCAAUUACAAACUGCUCGACAAGAACGCGAUGCUGCUCUGACCUCCCAACAGCAAGCAACAAAAGAAAAAGAACUAAGCGAGAAAAGAGCAACCGAUGCCGAAAUUGAAAAUUCUUCCCUUCAAACCCAAUUACAAAAUAAGCAAAGUGAAUUAGCAACCAAAACUGCUGAAAAUGAUAAUCUAAGCAGCAAAUUAACUAGCGAAAGGCAAGAAAAGGACCAAAUAUCCAAACAAUUAUCUGAAACGCAGAUCAGGAACAAAGAAUUAGAAUCAGAAAGCAAAUCUGCCGAAGCCUUACAAAACACCGUUGAGGAAUUAACAACCACAAUUCAAGAAUUAGAAAACCGUAAUAAAGAAGGGUCAACUCCCGAAAAAGAACAAUUACAAAGCCAAAUA